CGCCAUUUUGCCGUGGACUGAGAGGGGGCGGGGCCACAUUACUGCAGUCGGUUACGUAAACUGUAAACAGGAAGUCGUCCGCGAGGAUUUCCUGAGAAAGAGUUAUGGGCAAAAGCUGCAAGGUGGUGGUUUGUGGCCAGGGUGCAGUGGGUAAAACGGCUGUUUUGGAGCAACUGCUGUAUGCCAACCAUGUUGCAGGUUCAGAGCCCAUGGAGACUCUGGAGGAUAUCUACAUCGGCUCCGUAGAGACGGACCGUGGUACACGAGAGCAGGUGCGCUUCUAUGACACCCGCGGACUCCGGGACGGAAUGGAGUUCCCUCGACAUUACUACAGUUUUGCAGAUGGCUUCAUACUUGUGUACAGCAUCGACAGCAAAGAGUCAUUUAAGCGAAUGGAGGCUCUCAAAAAGGACAUAGACCGUCAUAGAGACAAGAAAGAGGUGACCAUUGUUGUGCUGGGUAACAAGCUGGACAAGCAGGAGGAAAGAAGAGUUGACUCCAACAUGGCUCAGAACUGGGCAAAGAAUGAGAAGGUCCGUCUGUGGGAGGUUUCGGUGGUGGACAGACACACGCUUAUUGAGCCCUUCGUCUACCUGGCCAGCAAAAUGACCCAGCCACAGAGCAAGUCCACCUUCCCUCUCAGUCGCAACAAGAAUAAGGGAAGUGGUUCUACAGACAGUUAAAUGACCAAACACUGUUUUCAUGUUCAAGAGGGAGGAAUAACAAUGACCUUUAUUUAUAGAGCACUUUCAAAAUUUAGAUUAUAAAUUGCUUCACAAGGCAACAAUUAAAACAAGUCAUAUAAUCAUGAGACACAAAGAGAAUAGUUACAACACUUAAAAGACAGUUUAAAGAAAUUUAAAAUUCAAGUAGAAGCAGGAAAGGUCAAUGAUAAAGUAUGGACUGAGUUAACCGACCAUAUUUCCUCUGACAGAUCAUUCCAGCGCCUUGGGGCCAUUACUGCAAAGGUUCUGUCACCUUUUUUUAACUUCACUAAAAUCUUAUGAUCAAUUCAAAAACGUACAGGGAGCUUGUGCAAAGAGGCUUAAAGAGGAGUGGUGUGAUCACUCCUGUUAAAAGCCUGGCAGCUGAGUUUUGAAAAAGGGAGAAAAGGUGUUUUGAAGGGAACCAUGUUUUACAAGAGGAUCAGCUUUGAUGUCAUGAAGGACUGAGGUAGUAGAAGUUUGAGAAUGUGAAGAAGAGGAAAGGCAGAAUGAAUGUAUGGAUAUUUAUAUACAGUGAGCUCUGUAGGUAUUGGUAUAGGAUCCAUAUCUGAUGUUUUGGUGAAAUACAACUUUAAUCAUGAAUGAGUGAAAAUGGUGAUCUUUUUAUCCAAUGUGCCAUAUCAGCAAAAGAAAAAUCUAUGAAUUUAAGGUGUUUUGUUUGUCACUUCUAUUUGAUCAGGCUGAAUUGUGUUUAUCCACAGUCUUGUAACCACUAUAGCUGAUAAAAAAAAAUGUGGUACUUGAAUCACUGACAAUCAGCAUUUGAUGGUUACAGAUGAAUUGUUCUCACUGUAUAGAUGAAUUUGGAUCCAGAACACAUGUACACUGGCUAUUAUUUUAUGUACAUGUACACACAGACUGAAUCAUAACCCGCAUCAAUUUUAAAUGUUGCUUUAAUAUCAUUGUGUUAUAAAAAGUAUCAAAGGUGAAUAGAUUUAUUGAUGAUGUACAGUGUGCUGUUUGUCUUGCUCUGGAGAUUUGUUACACUAUAUACAGUAAAUUCUGUAAAUGAUUCACUGUUGGAUGUUGUAAUGAUUGACAUUCCUUACCACAUAUGGCCUUCUGUACAGGCGUUAGAAAUAUGAAUAUGAGAUAAAAGAUGUUCAGAUGAAAGGCAGUUUCUGCAGGCUCAGGUGCAACUUUUCCAUCUUGACCACACAUUUAAAACAUGGGUAUAUAUAGUAAAAUGUCAUCUUUAACAAUGUGACUCAUCAGUUACAGUCAGUGCUGAAGUUAAAGCUAGAGUGUUUGUACUGAGCGGUAGAUUAAAACCCUUUAGACAUUUCCUGACCUGUUCAUUCAGGAGGCAACACAAGGUCAAAUAUGUGCAGCUUUUAUUAUUUGUUUUAUUGAAAAGGGCAAAUCUGCUGCUUCUGCUGUCUUUAAUAUUCAUGUAUCAUAUUCUGUCAACCCAAUGUGUCAUUCAACCUUUUUGUUAACAUCGAACAUUCAAGUUUUCCCUGAACUGUGGUCACUUGAUAUUUGUUUGCAUGUAAACAAAUUAAAAUAUUUUUUUCCUAGGCCUGA